CCACUCCCUGGAGCGUGAGUCAGAGGCGAGGCGAAGCGGCAAGGAGUCCCCGUGGCGGAGUCUGAGCCGGGGCGACCUCACGGGCGAGGACAGCGAGAGGGAUGAGUCUUACAGCCGCCCACACCGAGCCAGGUCCCUCACAGACGUGCGCCGCCCACCCCACCACGCCCACCACACCUACCUGCCACCGUCCCCGCCCCCGCGCAGAGGUGCCGGGAGCUCAGUCAGUGGCCUCAAGACUGGCCUGACCCCUAGACCAGCAGGAGGAGGAGGAGGAGGAGGAGGAGGAGGAGGAGGAGGAGGAGGAGGAGGAGGGGCGGGAGGAGGAGAAGGAGGGCGUACAUCCACCCGACGUGACUUGUUCCCCAGCAGCAUCCCCAGCACGCCUCUCUCUGUGGGCCACCUCACAUCCUCCCCUGCACCAACCAUGGACGACCCGGAGAUGUACAGACUGGAGGAGGAGACGAGGUACCUUCAGACAGAGGUGCGUCGCCUGGAGGACAUGCUUGCUUCCUCCCGAGCUGAGCGUGACACUGUGUCUGUCCGGUACAAUGCCCUGUCCGACCAUGUUGCGGACGAGUGGCAGGAGUACCAGAAGAGACUCGAGUAUUUCAACGAGGUGCACCGCAAGCAGACCACACUCAUAGACCGGCUGGCCAACAAGGUGCGAGAGUACAGGGGAAGAUGCCGUGAACUGGAGAUGCGCUCCACGGAGACCACCCGGCUGAGGGAGACCACUGAGCGAGACCUAGAGACCCUGAACAUGGCCCUGAACACUGCCGAGGAGAGGCUCAGGGCGUCUGAGGCUCAGCACACCUUUGACCUGGAGACAGCCCUGGUCAAGCUGGAGGAUGAGCAGACCAGGUGUGAGGCGUAUGAGAGCCAGGUGUCCAGCAUGCAGGAGCAGGUGGGGCAGCUGGAGUCGACAGUGGCCGGCCUGAAGGAGGAGAGGGACAAGGCUCAGACUGCUCUCAAGCGCUUGACAGAUGAAGUCAAGGCUAAGGAGGAGCAGUGGGCCUCCGAGUCACAGCGCUUCAACAACUACUACAUCUCGGGCCACAAGAGUCUGCUGGACCUGUGGCGGGAGAUUGGAUCCGUCAAGCGUAACUUCACGGAGGUCAAACAUCUCACCUCCCGCGACUUGACGGAGCUGAAGGGGGACCUCGAGCGCUACGCCCACCAGCUGACCACCGCCUGCACCACCGCCCAGGCCAACAUGAGUUACAUUCCCACGGGCGAGCGGGAUGAGUAUGUGGUGGCCAACCCCGCCGACCUGUGGGGCCGCAUCCAGGAGUGCGAGAAGGCCCAGAUGCGCACCGAGUCUGAGAAAAGCUCGCUCAAGGAGAAGAUCAAUGACCUCAACUCACGCAUCUCGGAGCUCAACAACAGCCUCAGGAACAAGGACCGCACCAUCCAAGACCUCAACAAGAAACUGGACGAAGGAGUGGCGGAGGCGGAGUACCAGGAGACCCUGAAGGAGAAGGUGCGGACCCUGGAGGCGUACAUGGUGGAGAUCGCGCAGACUGUCAUCAAGGACGCCGAGCAGACUGGCGGGGAGGCCGAGGCUAAGGCGCCCUCUGCCUUCAGACCCCCCACCUUCCCCCGUGUUGGCAGGAUCGUGCGGGACACAGAGCAGGGCGUGGCGCCGGACCUCCCCCAGAGCACAGUGUCAGCAGUGCGCACGGCACUCUCCAAUAGACAAGUCCAGAUACACGAACUGCAGCUGAAGCUCAACUCGUCCAAGGAUCAGCUGACGUCGCUCCGCAAGCAGUAUGAGAGUGCAGAGGCCAGCCAGCGCUCCCUGGAGGCCACCAUCUCUGAGCUGCGGGACGAGCUGGAGGCCGUUGUGCGCCAGAGGGAGGAGGUCACCCGGGAGAAGGACCGACUCACAGAAGACCUCGAUGCAAUAUCUGCUGAGAAGAACAGCCUGGAGAAGACGAGGCAGUCACUCAAGACUCAGCUGGAGAGUGCCCAGGAGGAGGCGAGUCGGAAGAGUCGCCACAUCUCAGAGCUGGAGAAGGAGAAGACAGCGCUGGGGGAGGAGCGGGCGUACCUCAACACCCGGCUGGCCAAGGAGAAGGAGGAAGUCCAGAAACACACACACACCAUCAGCGUCCUCAACUCAGAGCUUGCCAGCGUCCACCAGCAGGUAACUGUUCUGUCGGAGUCGCUGGGGAAGGUGAGGGCAGCUGAGGAGCGGCUGGACCAGGAGAAGGACGACCUGCGUGACCAGAUCCGCUCUAUGGAGAGGCAGCGGGCAGACCUGGAGGCCAAGCUUGCCCACUCCCUGCGCCAAGAGAUGGACAUGAGGGAGGCGCUGGAGAAGGUUGAGGCAUACAGCAUAACACUGGGGCAGGACAAGUCCCAGCUGGUGGCCAAGAUCACAUCGCUGGAGACAGAGCGGGCGGCAUUAAGCACAGAGCGUGCCGAGCUGCGGUCAGACAUAGAGCGGCUGAAGGAUGACCUGGAGGCGCUGAGUGAAGAGCGGGCAAGUCACGAGGCAUCCAUCACCGCACUUAACGAGAAAAUUGUGCUGCUCAACGUGGAGAAGGAGAAGAUUGAGCUGGAGCUGACAGACACCAUCUCGGAACGCAAUGAGCUUCACGGGCAGCUUGCAGCACUGGAGCGCAUCAAGACAUCACUGGAGGGGGAGGUGACAGCACUCAACAACACCAUCAUGGAGAAGAGCAGACUGGUGGACCAACUCAACAGUGAUAAAGAGAGUCUCACCAAGGAGAAUGCUGAGAUGGAGGUGCGGCUGAGUGGAGCGGAGAAAGAGCUGAGUGUCUUGCGGGAUACAUUGUCAACACUCAAGACAGAGAAGCAGAGUUUGGAGAGCUUUGCCUCGUCCCUGGAGAAGAAGUGGUCUGCCAGUGAGGCACGGCGCACACAGCUGGAGAAGGAGGCCCAGCAGCUCACGGCAGACAAGGAGAAGCUACACACACAGAUGAACAAGCUGCAGCGAGAACUGGAGGGUGAGCUGGCCAAGGCCCGGGAGGCGCGCACUGCCCUAGAGCGUCGCCUGGAUGAGAAGGAGACAGAGCACAAGAAGGCUCUCAUGGCACUGCGGGACCAACAUGAGGAGACCCUGGACUCACUCAGGAAGGAGAAGAACAACAUCGUGACAGAGCUGGAGGACAAGCUCAACAUGUCCAUCCACUCCAUGAAGAUAGAGAGGGACGAGCUGGAGCUGAAGAAAGACCAGGAAAUCUCGUCCCUCAAGCGCCUCACUGAGAAACUCCAGCGAGAUAAGGAUGACUCAACCCUGCGCUUCGAGGAGGAGAAACACCGCUCCAUGAUGCUGGCCCAGCAGGAGAUUGCCAGCCUGGAGGAGAAGGUGGCCGGGCUGCAGCGUGACCUGUCAUCCUAUGAGUCACAGUUGGAGCAGCUGCGGCGGGAUGGGUCCAGCAAGGCGGAAGCAGGGCGGGCAAGUGAGGGGGCAUUGCACAACAAGAUCAUUCAGCUCAAGGAGGAACUGCACUCCAACAGCCAAGCCUUUGAAAAGCAGCUCAAGGACGAGAAGGACUCCUACGAGCGCAGGAUACGAGAGCUGCAGCUGCGGCUGGACGAUGCAAGGCGGGAGGGCGAAGUGGAGGCCACCACCAUCAAGACUGACCUGCGGCUGGCACGGGAGGAUGUGUGCCGCCUGCAACAGGACCUGGAGGAUGCCGAGGAGAAGCUGAAGGAUGCGGAGGAGAAGAGAGCAUCCCUCAAGAAGGAAAUCAGUCGGCUCAAUGAGGACAUGAGAUCGUCUGAGGAGCGGCGAUCCACGGAGCUGCAGACCUUCAUCAAGAAAGCUGACCAGGAGAAGAAGGACCUACAGAAGCGACUCGAUGACAAGGAGAACAAACUUAGCUCACUGGAGAUCUCCGAGGCCAAACAUGCAGACUUGAUCGCCCGCAUGACGGCUCAGCUGCGAGAACUUAAUGCAGUGAAGCAAGAAGCACAGAGGGAGACAUCCGAACUCAAGAAGAAGCUGCAGCUCCUGGAGACAGAGGGACUGAGCAAAUCACAAGAACUGGAGAACCUACGCCUGCGCCUCUCCUCCGAGGAAGACCGACACAAUGAGAGCCGCAAAGAGGCCACCAAACUGCGGACCAAGUUGGCAGAGUAUGAGCGUGACCGAGACAACCUUCAGACAGAGCUUGCCUUGCUGGAGCGGCGACUCACUGAGCUGGAGGACCAUCACGCUGCCAAGGAGCACGAGCUGGCCACCAGCUUGGAGGAGUCCCGUGCCAAUGAACGCAAGCUGAAUGAUGAGAAGAAAAACCUUGAGAACUACCUGAACAAUGCCAACCAGCAGAUCAGCAACCUCAAGGUGAAGCUGUCCCGUGAGGAGGGGCACGUAGAAGCACUGGAGCAGCAGCUGGGCACGCUGGACAACACCCGGGAGCAGCUGGAGAAGAAGCUGCAGAACGUGUAUGCCUCACUGCGUGCUGUCACCCGCAUGUACCAGGACAUCUCCCCAGCCUCUCCUUCUCUCCGUUCCAGGAAGGGCACCAAGAUUGGUUUCGAGCUGUCUGGUAGCCAGACAGACCUGCAGGCUUCCCUUGAGUCUAUUGGGUCGCCUGAGAAGAUCAAUGUGGCUGAGAUCGAUCCUGAAUCUGUGCGUCACGAGCUGAGGGCACUGAUGACCCAGAUGAACCAAGUGGAGCUGGAGAGGGAUGACGCAGUGGCUCGUGUGGCGAGUCUGGAGCGUCAACUUUCUGAGCUCCAGGAGGUGCACCAGAAGUCUGAGGCGCGGCUGAGGGAUGUCACUCGUACCCUCUCGGAGUUGGAGGAGAGGAAGCGAUAUGCUGAUGACAAACUUAACAAGGCCGUCUCACAGUCCAGCCAACAGGAGGACUCUCUCCGACACAAGGAGAGUGAGAUCCGAUCCCUGAAUGAGGAGCUGAGCAACACUCGCCGCAAAAUGUCAGACCUGGAGCAGGAGAGGUCUACCCUCAAUGACCGUGUGCAGAAACUGAAGAGUGCUGUGAGUCGCAUUGAGAUGGAGAAUGCUGACAUCAGGGAGAAGCUGCGAGCCUCAGAGCAGCGUGAAACCCUGCUGGAUGACUCAAAGUCUCGGCUGGAGGCUGAACUUAGCGCUGCCAAGAAGAACACCAGUGAAAAGCACAUGGAGAUUGAGAACCUGCACGCCUCCAAGGAGAGUUUAAACCGGUCAGUGCGGACCCUGGAAGACCAGAAUUCCUCACUUCGCAACAAAGUGGAGGACUUGAAGAGCAAGCUAGCAUCCACAUCCAAGUCCGAGGGUGAACUAAAGGACAAACUGUCAUCCAUGAACCGGUCACUCAAAGAAGCCAUGUCCUCAUCUGGCACUAUGCAGGAAGACCUCAGCAGGUCCCAGAACCUGCUGACACGCAACGAGGCGGAGCGGCGGCAGCUGGAGGAGCGAGUGGCCGACCUGCAGAGCACCGUCAGCGAGCUCAAGCGUCAGAAGGACCAACUGUCUGAGUCCAAGAACAAGGCUCAGCAGGACCUCUCCAAUGCAGAGAUCAGGAAUGCUGAGUUGGAGAUGGCCAUGAAGUCUCUCAAAGGGAACCUUGGUGAGCGAUCCUCAACGGAUGAGCUUCUCUCAAAGGUGACCCGUCUGGAGCAAGAAAAGGCAGAACUCCGCGCCCAAGUGGCUGAUCUAGAGAGAAAGUUGGCCAUAAGUGAGGCGGAAAAAAAGGAUUAUGAAAAAGCAGAACAUAGACUUGAGAAGGACAAAUCUGAUCUCAAGAAAAUUCUAAAUAAGUAUGAGCAUGAGAGGAAGGACCACCGACGGCCUCAGCCUGACAGCCACACGGGGCGGCCAGACCAGCCCUACAUGGACUCAUCGGUGAGCAGCAUGCGCAUCGAGAACAUGGAACUGAGGAGGAAGAUUGACGAUCUGGAGACUCAGAACACAGAGAUGCAGCAGAAGCACUUGAAGGAGACACUGGAGAUGAGCAGUGACCACCGACGAGAGCGGCAGAUUGACAGUGAGAAGAUCCGUCGCCUCACCAACCAGAUGGAGGCGAUCCGUCAGGAGAAGGAGAGGUGCGAGCUGAGGAUCCACUCCCUGGAACAACAGAUUGCCCAGUACCGUGACCAGAUCCGGGAAUACCGCAACAGGAGUUCAGCAGUGGCAGCAAAUGUGCGGCGCAUCCGAACAUCCAUGACAGACUCCCUGCACACCAUUGGAACGCACCCGAGGGUCUCCAGCGGCGUGCUCGACACAGAGAUCCAGCGGAUUGAGCGGCUUCCCUCCUCUGCCUUGCGUAGUCAGUUCCGUGUGGGUCGGGGGUCGGACAGCUUCCGUCCUUGGGCCCCCACGGCCUCCUACUCCUCACACAUGCCUCAGCGUUAUGGUUCCUUACGCUAGCCUCUCGGCCGGCCAGAGCAGGUCGCCACGCUCGUCCCGCUCCCGGCGCUAUGCCUCGGCCUCUCCCGGGCCGGACCGCCGCGCUGACCAACCCAAGAAGACGCUGACCUUCACGUGAUCUGGAGCCACACCUCGGCAGGCUCAACCCGUUUUGUUUGGCACAGUGGUGUAGAUGCUGGUGGAGAGUGAAGAGUAGUCUGGGGUUGGUUGUGUUGCCAAUUCAUCUUUGGUGAAAUGGACGUCAUCAUACUUGUGGUGUUGAUGAGCGAGGCCAAGGCACGAGGAGUUAUCCAUGAGGGUGUUGUGCCUUGCCUCUUAGAGCUGCAAAACUUUUCCUCUUCAUCACCUGAAGAGCAAACUGGUGGCAGCUCAUAUUGGUCCACAAGGUGAGGGUGCACUGCCACAGGUAGCUAAGUGAACUGCAUUGUUUGGACUUGCUACAAAACACUGCCACUUUACAGUAUCUCAACCUGAGUGUAGUUUUGACUCUACCAUUGCAGUUUCAGGCUUUGAGAACCCUGCUGGGGAGAGAUGCUGGUGUUUGUUAUCUUCACUGCCAGUCUUGCAAUGUGAUAAUUUUGGUACUACAAGUCUGAGUUGUAAAAGGGCUGCUCUUUGUACACAGAGAAAGUUUGACAUUUACCAUUAGUCACAAAAGUCAAUUACCAGCAAGCUCUAAUACUGAGGAAAGAUUGUUCUGCAAAGUAACAUACUACAACCUCCACAACAUAGAGCAGCACCUUCCUCAGCUUGCCUUCUGCUUGUUGACAGUACAAACCAAAGAAUAAUUGUAACAUUGCUACUGGGAGUCCAUAUCAUGCCUUAAGACAGACACGACCAGCCUACCAGACUCAGCAGUGGUGCUUGCCUGCCACAACCAACAAACUGCAGUGUAUUGGCUGAGAAAGAGUCUUACUAGCCAUCACAGACUCGAGUAGCUCAUCUAAAGUCAGUGUAGCCAUUUGUAGAUUCAGGUGAGAAAAAAAUUGACAUUGCACAUUCCUAGAACGUAGCAAAUCAAGUGUAGCCUUAGGUACACACUUCGUCCAUUUGGUGUGCCUUUUGUUCAAGGUGAUGAACAAAGUUUUACAUUGUAAGUUCAAACACAAGUUUUUAUAUUGCAAGUUCAAAACACAAGAAAAUACCAACAACCUGGCAAUGGAAGGGCCUCCAGCAGCUCUUAGUGUGUUCCUCUUAACAGAAUUUUAUCCUUCUAAAAUUCUUUUAACUCAUUCCACUUUGAAUUAAAUAUUAAACAUCAUCCAUCCUUUCCACUUUGAAUGAAAUAUUAAAUAUCAUCCAUCCUUCAAAAGUGAUUUAAAAUCAGUGCACUGUUGAGCCUCCACAAGACAGCUGCUGGCCUUGACCAGUGCCAUGCUGCCAGUGUUCUGUUGCUAUCACACAUUUGUUACAGAAAUUUUAUAUUACAUGUAAAGACUAUUAUAAUUAGAACAUUUGUGAAUAUUUUUUUAAUGUAAGCAUAAUUUACAGUGAUUCUCUCUCUCUCUCUCUCUCUCUCUCUCUCUCUCUCUCUCUCUCUCUCUCUCUCUCUCUCUCUCUCUCUCUCUCUCUCACAGACCACAGACCCACAUGAUGUCCCCCGCAAUAUGUUUGCAUACCACAGGUGACACCACAGUCCCCCAAGCAACACUUUCCCCUCAUUCUUCACCAACAUGGUGCUUACAUUACACAUCUCCACACAGUCUUUCUCCAGGGGUGUUUUCUGGAAUGAAUCCAAAGAAAUGUAUGUCUGGCCAGUCACUACAAUUAAGGAAUCACUGUAAUUAAGUCUCUUCACUUCUCUUUUGUACAGCUAUGAAAAAAAUGUUUAACUGAUUUCCUUCACUCCAUCAGUCUGUUUCAUUAUAUUUCUAUCUGUUGUUGAUUAUGUUCCAUGUCACUUUCUUAUUGGUCUAGCAGUAGACCAACAAGUGAAGUUUAGAUUGCAGGUGACCACUGGUGCUCAGAAUCCGCCCAAAUGUACAGCACAAACCAAACACAGGCAUUGGGACUUCCCCUUUUCUUGUGUGUGAGAAAGGAACAUGACAGUCCCAAAGGAGACAAUGCUGUAAUUCCUGUACUGAUUUUACAUUUUAUAAUCCUGUAACUAAAUACCUGUUUUUAAGUAAGUUAUUAGUACUAUCGUUGAAAAUUGUGACAUUAGACCUUUAGGGAAACACAUGGGAUCAAGUGUCUGCCUCAAAUUUUGAUAGUUUACUUUUGGGUAACUGUCAUUUGUAUUUAAAUUAGCUUAUGAAUAUGCAUGUCUUGUAGAUAGACACAAAUAAAAAUACAUUAAGUCCA